AUGAUCAAAUUUGCACGUUCUCGAAUUCAUGGAUGGGGGUUGUUCUCUUUGGAAGCUAUAGCUCCCGAUGAAAUGAUCGUCGAGUAUAUUGGUGAAAAAAUUCGACCAGAAGUUGCAAAUGUGCGCGAAUUGGCUUAUGAAAAACAAGGAAUUGGUUCUUCCUAUUUAUUUAGAAUUGAUGAAAAUGUUGUAAUUGAUGCCACCAAAAAAGGCAAUUUUGCUCGGUUUAUUAACCAUUCGUGCCAGCCAAAUUGUUAUGCAAAAGUUUUGACUGUUCAAGGUGAAAAGAGGAUUGUAAUUUACAGCAAGCGAUUUAUUCAAAAGGGAGAAGAGAUUACGUAUGACUACAAAUUUCCUCUUGAAGAUGUAAAAAUUCCUUGCCUUUGUGGUGCUUCUCAAUGUCGUGGAUACCUCAAUUAA